AUGUUUAUAGCGCUAUACACGGCUAUCCUACUAUCAUGCUUAGCAAUAGCUGAGGUGAUAACUCCUCCACAGGAGGUUAUCAUAGGUGUACCACCUAGCAUUCCCUUCAACGCUCCUUUCGAAUGGGGAUACACUCUAAAUCAGUCGGACAGCAAUCUCGUUAGGUUCGACUACACACUCGCUAGACUGAUCGCCCCAUCUGGGGAAUCGCCAUCACAACAACCAAACGGCACGCUCGCACGUCUUUUUCCGGACGACAUAGACACAAAGUCGACACCCUACACUAUCGACUUACCCCCUGGAACUCAAUCUCGGUCAUACCGCUCAUCCCAAUCAGGUAGACGUUCAGUUGAUUUGACAAAACGUUCAUCCAGCAUCUAUUCUAUAGACGAUAAGGCGGUAAACGACACAUCAACGAGAUUGUGUCUUGACAAUAACAACUUUACUGCACCUUAUUACUGGGGUUGGCACAAUUCAACCGAGCCGGGUAAAUGGACUGUCCAGGUGAGGUCACUAAUACUCUAUGGUGUGAACGGCUAUGAGAGUAGCGAUGAUGGUAACCAAACCUGCAUCAGUCCACCAUAUACUUUCGAAAGUCUAGAUGCCAAGGCAGAAUUUUCAGUCAGUACACUCGAGGCGGAUGAAAUAGAAAUGAGUACAACGAGUCUACAAAAUGACGAAGAGAGCAAAACCUCUACGUUUACUCCCCAGAUUUCCGCUACUGCGACGCGCGUGGAAGCUCAAUUCAGUCCUUCACCGACUGGCAACAUACUUAUAUCAGAUUCAGACAGAACGAUAUCCAGAAGCGUAGUAAUAUAUAGUUUGACGACCAUUUUUACGUCUUUAGUUUUUGUAAUCAGCUAA